AUGGGUUUAGCACCUCUCCACAUUGCAGUUAAUUCUGAUUGUCUUGAUGCGGUCACAAUUCUUAUCGAAGUCGAAGCAAAAUUAAAGCACCAGACGACAGAACAGGACAACCCAAUAUGUACUCAAGAUGAGGAUUACAAAAUUUCGAAAUAUUUGUCUUUAUGUAAAGGUGAUAUUGAUGCUUGGAACAGCAGCUCGAAGUUCAUGCCUACGUUAUUUCCUUUGUUCGAACAAAACAAUACGAGCAGUCAAAUUAUCGUUGUAGCCGUUUGUGUCUCUACAUCUCUGUCUAUUUGCAUCUUUGCAAUAGCAGUAACUGUUAUAAAAGUGAGAAAUCAACAAAUUGCAAACGAGAAAGACAACGGAAGUGGUAAUGGCAUCAAUGUCAUAAAAAGAAAUGAUAAAAUAGUCAACAUGGUGGAAAGUCGUAUUCCGGGUGUACAUAUUAUAUGUGCAAGUCGACUGAAAAUUGAAUGCUUGCUUGGUAAAGGAAACUACGGACAUGUUUACAAAGGUCAGUGCACGAUGGCAGUUCAACAGAACGAUCAUUCUUCUUCCAAACCCAAACUACAGAAGACAUACCAAAUGAUUGUUGCUAUCAAAAACAUAAUAAACGAAAUGAAAAAUGAGAACAUAGAUGGAUUCAUGAAUGAGUGCAUUUCGAUGCACAAACUUAAUCACCGCAACGUGCUCAACUUGAUAGGAGUAUGUGCAUGUAAAAAAGACAUCGGAGGGCCGCUGAUUGUCAUACCUUAUAUGAAGAAUAGAGAUCUCAAAUCCUAUCUUUGCAAUAAAAGAAAGCAAUGCGCUAUCGAUAAAGACGAGGAUUGCACGCCAAAGAAACUACUAAGCUACGUGAUUGAGAUUUGUUCGGGCAUGGAGUAUCUCAGCAGUUGUUCUAUCAUUCAUAGAGAUCUGGCAGCGAGAAACUGCAUGUUAGAUUGCAGCAUGACAAUAAAGAUUGCUGAUUUUGGAAUGGCUCGUUAUAUGAACGAGGAAUCCUACUACAGGCAAGAAAGUGACUCACCAAUUCCCGUUAAAUGGAUGGCUCCCGAAAGUUUGCUGCAAAGAGUUUAUUCUGAGAAAAGCGACGUGUGGUCGUUUGGUGUGACAUCGUGGGAAGUAUUCAGUCUGGGAAAAUCUCCUUACUCAAACAUCCCUAACAUUGGAAUUGUUGAUCACCUCAGGAGUGGACAUAGUUUUGAAGUCAUUGCCUCGUGCUGGGUUUGGGCUGAACACGAAAGGUACAAUUUCAAGAAUCUUCUGGAAGAGCUAAACGAACUGUUUGAUCGGCAUUUCGAUUAUCUGACUCUAGAAGAAAUUAGUUAG